CAGCCCUAUGAUGUCUUGAAGUGUUUCACGAAAGAAGAUUUUCACGUCGAUCUAGAUCUUUCACAAACAUACAAAAAUACACAAACAUGAACGUAUUAAGUAAUAACUCAUUGUUCAGUGAUAUGAUGAACGUUUAAAUAUAAUUGAAACCAUGGUCGUCGGCGAUUCAAAUAAAAUGGUCGCUGUAGAGCCGAGCACCGAGGGAGAUGACCGAAAGGUCCUGUGUAUUGUGCGGGACCUUGUCGACCCGGAUGCUAACGCCAUCAAGCACACGCUCAACCUGCAGGCCUCCAUGUCGGUGAGGCGCUUGAUCAACGAGGUGUGCAAGCAGUUUGGAUACAUGCUCAACACCAUCUCUGUGCACUAUGAGAAACAAGAGGGUGGAAUGGUGGAAGAGUUGAAAUUGGAGCAAUAUAAGGAUUGUUUUUUGGAUGACAUAAUGCCCUCAACUGUCAAACGUCACAAUCUGACAAUAUGUGAAUUAGACGACAUAAAGCCACAGAAAAUGCCUCCACCACCUCCGCCGGUAGGGAAAAGUGAGGCCUCGGGAUCAGAAGAUGUCUGGGAGCACGGCUCAUCAUCGAGCCCCGACAAGUCCUCGUACUUCAGCAACAACACGGCUCUGGAGGCCCGUCCUGCUGCUAACAACGUCUCCUCCACCAGCUCUACCUACUCCUCGGAAUUCACAUACUCGUCUGUGAUUACUAAGUCUGAUACUGGUUAUGUGGGACUCGUUAACCAGGCCAUGACCUGCUACCUCAACAGCCUGCUUCAAACGCUGUUCAUGACACCAGAGUUUCGUAAUGCCAUCUACAAGUUCCAUUUCAAGAGUGACACAGGCGUGAAGAACAUCCCGUAUCAGCUGCAGAGAUUGUUCCUACUGUUACAGACAAGCAAGAAACGUGCAGUCGAAACUAUGGACCUCACAAAAAGCUUUGGGUGGGAUAACUCAGAAGUGUGGCAACAGCAUGACGUUCAGGAGCUAUGUCGGGUGAUGUUUGAGGCGCUGGAGGUGUCGUGGAAGGGCACGGACCAGGAGCAUCUCAUCAACCAGCUCUACCAGGGCAGACUGAAGGACUAUGUUAAGUGCUUGGAGUGUAGCAAUGAGAAGGCGAGAGAGGACAUGUACCUGGAUAUCCCUCUAGUCAUACGACCGUUCGGGUCUACUGUAACAUACAAAAGUAUACAAGAGUCAUUAAAUGCAUUUGUUCAACCUGAGACAUUGGAUGGACGGGAUCAGUACUUCUGUGAGAAGUGCAACAAAAAGUGUGAUGCUCAUAAGGGGUUGAAGUUCAUUUCCUUCCCCUACCUGUUAACCCUUCAGAUGAAGCGGUUUGACUUCGACUACUCAACCAUGCACCGCAUAAAACUUAAUGACAAAAUGUCUUUCCCUGAAAUUCUCAACCUGAAUUACCUGAUUGAAGAGGUACACACCAACGCAGAAUCAGCAAUGUCUCCAGACCGAGAAAAUACGGUGAUCGAAAGUAACGCUGCGAAAAACUGUAAUGAUGAUGCUGUAGAUGAAGGUAUAGAGGUGGAGGCGGGAUGUUCAGGGUCCAGUCUAGAGGAGGAGAAUGAGAAAAACAAACAGGCCGAGGCACAGGGCCCCUACGUGUAUGAACUGUUCUCAAUCAUGAUACACUCUGGAAGCGCGGCUGGUGGACAUUACUAUGCCUAUAUAAAAUGCUUAACUGAUGGGCAAUGGUACAGCUUCAAUGAUCAACAUGUAUCUAAGAUAACCUAUGACGAUAUUCGUAAAACCUACGGUGGAAGUUCCAAUAGUCGUGGAUACUACUCAUCAUCAUAUGCCAGCUCUGCCAAUGCCUACAUGCUGAUGUACAGAAAGAAAGACACAGACCGCAACGUUGACUUCCUGAGUAGCGAAGACUUCCCGGAUCAUGUCAAGGAGGAGCUGCGACGUCUCAAUGACAGGGAGGAGGCAGACAGGAAGCAGAAAGAGAUAGACAGGUCAACAUGCAAGAUCAAAAUAUUUUGUCUGCAUCCAGAGUUCAAGCGAAAGAUGGAGCAGAAGCUUGAAGUGCAUAAAGACAAGACUCUCUUAGAGGCUACAGAUCUUGCAUAUAAGAUGUUUGAGCUGGAGCAGUGUGUCACACGUGACUGCGUGCGUAUUGUCAAGUAUGACGAGUACCAGGAUACGCUGGAGUGCUCCUUCGAGGGCGAGGAAGACACCAGCAUGGAGACCCUGCUUGGGGGUGUCAAGCAGAACUACAGCUUCGACCUGCUGCUGGAGACGCGACGACCUGAGCAGAAGUUUCAGCAGUAUAAACCUGGAGGUGUAACAGUGAGAGUGUUCAUAGCGGAUGUUGGUGGUGAUACGAUUGAAGAACCUCAUAUUAGCGUUCGAGCAAACCUUGUACAAACUGUUGAAGAGUUUAAGGAUCUUCUUAUAGAGGUCCUAGGGUUUGAAGACACAGUCUUUCGAAUCGUUCUGGAGAGAUUUCAUAACGAUCUAAAAUUAUUGACAGUUCCAGAAAAAACAUUGAAAGCUGAAGGUUUCUUCAAGACAAAUAAGGUGUACAUAGACCCAGGGUGCCCCGCGCCAGACAGGGAGAUGGUGUUUGACAAGAGCGGGUUCUACAGCCUGCUUGACAGAUACCAGAACACCAUCAACAUUCUUGUUAACCUGCCUACUCCUGGUGAAGUAGCCGACUACAAGGCAGGUCACUACGCGUCCAGCACUGGGCAAGACUCUGCCGUGGAGAGUGGAGUGAACAGUGCUGAGAACAGUGUAGAUAAUGGUUCAGAAAUGUGCAAUCUACCCCCCAGCUUUCACAGCUCGGCUGAGCGGCUGAAUGCCAGGGGAAACUACCACGCCGGGGAUCUGGAAAUGGAUAUAAAGAACUUAGGGCUACACACCAGUCUUAGUCAGAGUGAUCCAAAUAUUUAUCAGAGUAGUUCUAGACAAUUGGACGGUGUGUCUAAAGACGAAAUCCUGCAAAGUUUACAGAAUCGGGGAUCGCGGUCGUCACUAGAGUGCGAGGGUUCGCGGUCGGCGGGAAGUCGGACCUCACGAUCCACUAGCACCAGUGCUGAGUUCACUACAGAAAACAUCAGCUCGUUUUGUGAUCUUAAUGGGGAUUCCCUCGAGACAGGUCACGAGGUGUUAGACUCUGGCAAAGUUGCGGAAGCUUUAAAUGUGCUUUCUACAAACCAUGUUGAUGACCUGAAUAAGAAAAUAUCAGUGGAAAUCGGCUGUGGAGAGCCUGCGAAUUAUACUGUGGUUGACUCGGAUAGUUUACCUUCUGCAAGCCUGCCAGCGGCAGUUAACUCGUUGUCAGACGACGGUCGUGGUCAUGUGUUAAAGACUGGGUCAGAUUAUAUCGUUCCGAAGACUGAAAAUUGGGACGAGCCGUGUUCUGGACCACCCGGGUGCUCGAGCCUCGGUUUGGAUGCACUCAGUGAUACUAGCACGCUGGUUGAGCCGGAGUCAUCAAGGAAAUUCUUUAAAGCUGUUUGGGUGUCUCCCGAAGACUCAUUACAUAGAUCAUUAUCUGUGAUGGUGGACAAACGUAUAACACUUGGAGCUUUCAAAAAGGAGUUGGAAAAAUAUGUAGAAGUGCCAGCAAAUAACUUCAAGGUUUAUAGAGUGUAUUCCAACAACCAAGAAUUUGAGAGUAUUCGGUUAGGGGAAACAUUGUCCUUCCUAGAAGAUGGGAAGAUAAACAUCAAGCUUGGACGUGCCUUGAAGAAUGGAGAGUACCGGGUUAAGGUGUUCCAACUGCUGGUCAACGAAACAGAGCCAGCCAAGUUUUUGAUAGACACCAUUUUUGCCCGCGGGAUGACUGUCCUGGAAUCCAAGAAGCUAAUCAUACCAGAGCUUAAGUCCCAACUGAACAUGGAUAUUCCUUUGGAAAGACUGCGACUACGUAAGAAGACUUGGAAGAAUCCUGGCAGCAUCUACACGGACACACAGGCCUAUGAGGAGGAGAUACCCAUCUACCCGAACUGGGAAGUCUUCAUGGAGGUCCUAGAUUCAGGUGACGAAACAUUGAAGUCCACUUCCCAGCUGGCCCUGUUUGUGCGACGCUGGUUCCCGUCCAAAUACGAGCUGGGCCCGAUAGAGGAAGUGGUCCUUAGUGAGCAGUCUGUGGAUGGCUUGAAGUCUAAAAUAUCUGAACUAAGUGGCUUAAACAUUGAAGAUAUAGACAUAGCAAAGGGAAAGGGCACAUUUCCGUACGACAUUUCCCUGCUGGAGAUCCACAAUGACCUUGACUGGAAUGUUUCUGUGACGACCCUGUCCAUGUAUCCGCUGUACAUAUGUGAUGACGGCUGUCUGGUCUACUACCGAGACAGCGAGGAAAAGCUAGCUGACCUCUCGGAGACUCAACGCAAAGAGAUUGAAGUUAAAGAGAAUGCCAGAUCCAGAACAACACAAAAGGUCACAUACUCCCCAAGGAAAGAACGGGCUUUAAAGAUCUACACUGAAGAGAAUCCAUCUGUUUCCAUGACUGCAGAAUCAAAAACAACUACUGUCGACACGGCAACUCCAGAUCUUGAUUAACAAAUGAAAAGUGCAACUCAAAUCAAUUCUGGUCAAAUAUUUGUGUAUUCUGAAGGAUAAAGAAGCUCAUAUAUAUAUGUAUAUAUAUAUGUUAACAAAGCAAUCGUACAAUAUAAUAAUAUAUUAUAGAGUUCUGUUGAUUAUACCCCCAUAACUUUGUGAUGCCAUUUUGCAAAAUGUAUAAUCUGUAUUUAUUAUUUAAUAUUAAUGUAUAGUUAUUGAAAGAGAUACAUUUACAAUGUUAGUUUUAUUUUGUUUGCGUAUGUUUCAGAAAUGCAAUUUUCCGUCGUCCUACCGUUAGAACAAUGUCAGAAUAUCAUUUGUUUUAUUUGCAUAUUGCUAAUUUUUUAAUGUAUUGAAUGUAAAUAAAAUGAGUUCAUUAUUGUAAUUUACUGAAUGUAAAUUUUGGAUCCAGAGAAUGAAGUUAUUUUGCUUGACAUGUUUACUGUAAAAUCCUUUUGUUUGAAAGUGGUUUACCAGGUAGGUCCUGAAUUCACCAACAAAAACUUGGAUUGAGAAAAAAGAAAAUAUUUUGACUCACUAAAAUUAUGUUGCAUUUCCAUAUUAGAACACUGGCUACACAUUUCUCGCAUUUUGAAUGUCAUUUGGUUAAACGUUUUUAAGUUAAUUUAGACUAGUGAAAUUUUGAUCCUAAUUCAAAGUCUGACUCAUCAUUCAAGAGAUCUGAGAAUCUUACAUUUACGAAAAUGCUUGAUCUGGGAACAAGGCUUUAUACAUGUGUGUAGUGUCGUCCCAGAUUAGCUCAUACAGUAUGCAUUGUCAAUUCAGGGACAACACUUUCCGCUUUUAUGGUAUUUUUGGUUGGAAUAAUGAAGUCUCUUUUUAGUAUAAAAGCAGUUGAGUCGGAAAUUGUUGUUCAUGAUAAGCAUGUGCGGAAUGCACAGGCUAAUCUAGGACGACCCUUAAUACACAUGUGUUGAACCCUGAUUUCCUAGAGUGAGGCUAAAAUAUGUUGUUUCUUUAUUUAACAUACAUAACAAGUGUAGUUUCUAAUAACGCGUUACACAACGUACAUAUGUCUUAAUAUAAAUUUCGAGUACACCAUCGCAUUUUUUUACGGAAUAGAAAAAUGAGCAGGUACUGGUUGGUUUAUGCCUGUAAAAAGCGUGAAAGUUACGACGUGACGUGUAUGUUCAUGACACAGCUCAGAGAAAUCAUUCAUGCGUGACACAUUAUCUUUCAUGAUGCAUUUCAAAUUGUGUAAUGCUAGUCUAUUUGAUUGGAUAGCUACUAUUCUAAUAAAAAUUGUAUUAUUUAAUUUGCAUUCUGUAUCCUUAAAAUUAACAUCAAACUACUUUAUAUUAAUUCUUUCAUCAUUGCUUACUGGUGUUCAUUUGCUACAAAGGUUGUUCAAUACCUAUCCCACGGCAUGCUGUUGUUAACGGAGAUUCUUUUACAGAAUAAGUUUGCAUCACAAUAAGAAAUUAUCAUUAAAUUGUUCAAUAUAAAUAUAUACAAUCGUUUUAUAGUCAGUUUUUUGUAGCUCAACUGUCAUGUAAUUGUUAAUUGAUUUUAAUUUGUAUAGAUGAACUACGUUUGCUAAAGUGUAGAGACGUGAAUAGUGGCUGUAUGCAUAUUGCUAGUUUGUAUGGGAGAGGAAAUGUAAAAAUAUUAUUAUGUAUGUUUAUGAACAUAAACCUGCUGUAGAUUGAAAAUAAACAUGCGUCAUAUUUA